ACACAGAUUAUUUACUCAAUUUUAUUACUGUGUUUUAUAUUUUAUAACUGACUCUAUAAUAUAGUGUUGUUAAUUGUCUAAACCGCGAUCAGAAGAUAUGGGAUUGCGUUGCUAACGGCAGUUUAUAUAUUAUCAAUGAAAUAAAUGGGUAUUAUAGCUUAAAAAGGUUGCCGGUUUAAACGAAACAGAGGUUAGACAUUGUUUACUUUUUCAUUAAAAAUUCAUGUAUAUGGAUGUAUUGUUAGACAAAUAUAACUAAGUUGGGAGAGGGGCUUAAACCAGUUGAUCCGAAAAUUGUGAGUUUUUUAUGUGGUCGACUGGUCACUGGUUUAAAAUGUUUGUUCUGAAUGAAUAAGUUGCCUGGGGCACUGCUAUCUGUUCCAUUUAAUGAUUUGGUUGAUUGAUUAUAACUUGUAGUGGAAGAAGAUUUCAAAUAAUCACAUUCGUUAUAGGCCAUGUGAGGCAUUAUGGCAAAAUGUAAAGCCACAAGGCACAUGUAUAUAGCAUGAUAUAAAAGCUACAUUUUAAAAAUGUAACCUUGUAUACCAUCAAGAUCAAACUACAGUUAUUAUGUACUUUUAAUUUUUUGCUUGUUAAAAAGGGCAUACCAACGAAAACUCAAAAAUUGUAUAUAGAUAGGUAGAGACGCUUAAAUGUGGUCUUAAGAUACCUACCAUCAAAGUUAAAAAAGAGGAAACGGUUUCUGAAAUAAUCGCGGCACAUCAAAUCGCUGUAGCAAAAAAAACAUGGGAUUUAGCAAAGAAAAAGUGUCACUCAACUUUAACCAGUAUGAGGUGAUUGGCGAAGCGAUUUGCACGAGCGUUGACCCGUUUAUUAGGGCAUACCCGAUUCCACCCGGCGUUGCAGUGCCUGGUUUACAAGUUUUAAGAGUUACCAAGAGCGCAAACAGCAAGUACCCUGUCGGCUGUAAAGUCAUGGGCAACUGCGGAUGGCGCACAACAUGCAAAAUUUCGGAUGAUAUUAUAUGGUAUAAAGUCGAAGGUGACCUCAGUGAUACUGUAUGGCUGGGUGCUCUCGGAAUGCCAGGAAUUUCAGCGUAUUGUGGAUUCCUUGACAUUUGUUCGCCCAAACCAGGCGAGACUGUAAUGGUGAACGCCUGUUCUGGAGCUGUUGGUAGCAUAGUGGGACAAAUUGCUAAGAUUAAGGGCUGCAAAGUAAUUGGUUGCUGCGGUAGCGAUGCAAAAAUUGAAUUUUCGAAGUCGAUUGGAUUUGACGAAGUAUUCAAUUAUAAGACAUGUGGGUCUUACACUGAGGUUCUAAAGAAGCUUGCUCCAAAUGGAAUUGAUUGUUUCUUUGAUAACGUUGGUGGUCAGUUAUCGUCGGAUAUCAUGAGUUGUAUGAACAUGGGCGGAAGAAUAGCUGUAUGCGGUGCAAUUACUGCAUACAACUCCAAAGAACCAGUUACAGCAACUGUGGUUCAACCUGACGUGGUCCUUAAACAACUGAGCAUAAAAGGAUUCCUUAUCUAUCAUUUAAAACAUAGGUUUUCGGACGCUUUGAAGGAAAUGGUUCCGUGGGUUUCAGAGGGCAAAAUUAAAACCCGUGAAACGGUCACUACUGGUUUUGAAAAUAUUCCCCGUUCGUUCAUUGAUAUGCUGGGAGGGAAAAACAUCGGCAAAGCUGUCGUCGUACUUUGAAUAAUGAUGUGCGUUGUGUAGGAAAAGCAUAAUGUUAAUUUUUUUGCACUAAUCUGCCGGUAUUCACUUUUGACAACAGAAACCAUUAACUUGUAUGUAUAUAUAGUAGGGUGGGGUAAGAUGGGACACCUUUUUAUUCAAUUUUCGCGUUCCGUUUAGUAGUAAACAAAAAAAAACAUUCAAUGAAUUAUAAAAACCGUUUCUUUACGACUUUUAUAGAUCGUUGUUAUUUGUUUAAAACGGGAUCGGAUGUUUUGAUAUUAUGUACUAAAGGUGUCCGGUCUUACCACCCUAUUAUACUAUUAUGCGGAAAUUCAUCGUUAGCACAUAAACGUUCCCUAACAAACCUUACACGGUGACAUUAAUCAUUAUAUCCAGCAUGCAUUUUGUAAAGUAGGCUAUGUAAUUUAAAACCUUUAACGUAAUCAUUUAGUAGCAUCAUGUUUGUACCUAACCUAUUUAGUGAACCAUUUCACUUGACUUGUUUUAAAAUGACGGUUACUUGAAAAUGAAAUACACUACUAAAUACCUUUUG